AUCUUCACGUGUCUUCUCUUUUGUUUCAUCACAUGUUCUCUCCUUUUCUUUGCCUCUCUCUAUGCAAAUUUAAUCCUUUCUCUUUUCGGCACCCCUAAACCUUUUUCUUUAAUACAUCCAUUUUCAUUAUUCACCUACACAACUUUGGCAUGGACAAGAACAAGAACAAGAAGAAGAUUGUUUCCGCUUCAUCAUCUUCGUCUUUCGAUCAUAUAUUUGGUCCAAGAGUCUCUGCUUCGUCUUCUUCAUCGGCCAAUACUGGAUUGUUCAAAUCCAUCUUCCCACCACCGUCUGCAGAUCAGUUGGGGAGGCAAGUGGACUUUGCAAGUCAAGGUGGACAUGUGAAGUAUCAAUCUCCAAAUAAAAGAGGAGAAAGAAGCAACAAAAAGGAGAAAAAGAGUUACCAUAAUGAGGAAACAGAACCACCAUGCCACUUGAGCUCAUCCCUUUACUACGGAGGCCAAGAGAAAUAUUCCUCUACAACAACGACAACCACCCAAGAUACUUACAAGAAAGAUGGAGAGGAAGGCGAUUCUAAAAGUGCAUCAAGAGGAAACUGGUGGGAAGGGUCGCUUUAUUACUAGCAAUUCUGACUUAAGAGCACCUGUGAAGGAAAGUAAGAGACAAACAUGGUCUGCUGCUUAAGAGAGAUAUAUGAAAUUUGAAGGAUCGCUAUAUAAUAGAAAUAAAGUAAAAAAUAUAUAAACUAUAUAAAGAUCCUUCCUAAAUUAAAAGAAUUUCAAGCCUUUUAACAAAAAAAAAUAUAUAAAUAAAAGAAUUUAGUAUAUUGUAAAAGAAGAAGGUACUUGUUCUCGACAAAUACAACACUAAGAGAAGUAUCUUUCUGAUGGAAAAAUUAGUGUGUGGCUCCUUUUUCGUCAAAUAAUGUUUGUCUUCUAAUAUUUGUACGAAAUAAGUAGUUAUCCAAUAGUGGGGUCUAUAUAUGUACUAAAUUAGAUGUGAUGCUUUAUGCUCUAUGUUGCCUUGAUGCUACAUGUAGAAAAUAAUCUGGUCCAUAUUUGAAACAUAUAUGAUGGA